CUGUAACUCAGAUGGCUAAAAGUUCAGACUUCCUGGAAUGAAUCAUCUCUGGGUUAUAACCAAGCAGGAAAAGUUGUAGCCCCAAAGAACAAUUUUUUUCAACAUUAUCAAAGAAAAUGGGGUUGUAAUUAUAUGAGAUUCCAUAUGUAACCUUAACUGUAGGGUUUGCUUCCGUAAAUGGAAAAGCUGUAUACUGUUGUUCUGUGUUCAGAGAACUUUAUCAAAUAAGACGCUUACCAGAAAAUUAACCUUUGGCUGUUGUAGCAAUGCUUCUCCACUUUGCUGUUAUGAAAACUUAUGUAGCAGUAGUGAAGUACUAAAGAUGAAUCAUAAUGCUGCAUUUUUAUCCUUGGUUUGUAAGGCUCUGGUACUUUGCUGUUUGAAUCAAGGUUGUAUAGAGGAUGGGGGGAAAAGAUCUUACCCAGUGUGAAGAAGCUGCCAUUAAACAUAACAGGAAACUAUAAGCUUAUGCAACUGAAUUCUUAUUUAUCAUUCUGUUAACCACAAAUUUGCAGAGGGAAAUAUAUAUUACUACUAAGAGUGCUAUUGUAUGAGUUAGUAGUUUUUUUUCUAGUUUUUCCUGAAGUAAGUUUCAAAAUAACUGUAUUUAAACCGCUUUUGAGUGCGUAUUUGGAAGCCUUUGCUAAUAUCAAUGUAUCCACUCAAGUAGUUAUUUUCAAUCUAUUAGUCCUAAACUGAAAGACACUUAAAAGUUCGAAUAAUUGCAGAGAGACUUCAGAAGAAAGUGAGCAACUGAGCUCAAAUCUGAACUUUGCAGGUAUAACAAACAAAGAUUCUUUAAAUUAUGUUUUGAAGCUUCAUCUUUAAAUGUCUCCUAAUUAAGCUUGUCUACAGUUUUACAGGUGCAAGCUUUACAGUUCUCCUGGCAUGAAUAAAUAUCUUCUACAUGUCAGUUUAGAAGCUGGUGUAAUGAGGAUUUAAAAAAUAUAGGCAGGAUAGGGUUUUGGAACUUGUUUCCUUUUGAGUUCCACUCUGUUGAGCUGGCUUGUGUUGGUGCUGACCCACUCUGAUAUGAUGGCAGUUUCUCAGAUAUAGCCAUCUCCAUAAUACAGUCAUCAACUCUGCUUCCAUUGAGAGUUUUGGCAGGAAUUCCCAAAGGUAAUCAGAUUUGAUCCUGUGGCAACUGCAGAUGUGCCUCAGGCACACCACUCUUCAAUACCUAUUCUUUUGAAUGCUUGCUCAUGUUCAUUCCGUAUUAGGAGUGUGUGCUCGCCACAUGCACCAGUGCUGGAAGUUUUUCCCUUAGCAGUAUCUGUAAGGUACCAGCUCUGGUCCCCUCUGGAGUGGCACCCACAUGGCAUGAUACAAGGAGUGCCAUUUGCUCCCCCCACCCUCAGUUCCUUCUUCCCGCCAGCGACGGUGCUUGAACGUCUGCUGCUUCGACUAGUGUUAAUUGUUCUCCGUUCUUGCAAACUUUGCAGAACCUGUAAUUUAGUUGUGUAUAUAGCUAGUAGUUGAAUUAGUUACCCUUAAUAGUAGUUCUUAAAGCCUUCCCCAGGCUUUAAGCCCUGCAGUUGCUGCCCAUACCUAUCAGCAAUCCCCAUAGUAGUCAUCUUAGGUACUUGGGUGAAGGGCAUAUAAGCAACAAGUGUCAUAUGCAACAAGUGUCAUAUUUGAAAGUCCUUCAAACCCAGGACUAAAAAGGAGCAUGACAACUGCCUUUGAGCACUGACUCAGUACUGAGCAUGGGUGUGGAGUGUCCAGCUGGUACCAUCCAUGGGCUGGCACCAUUCCGCCCUGCAUGGCUCUAGCCAAGAACCCGAAGAAGACCGAGGGGACGAUCUCCUACAUCCUGCAAGAGAAAGGAGAGGGCUGGGGGCAAGCCAAGACCCAUGCUGGGCAGUUCAACACUCCUCUCCCACCCCCCCACCCCACCCCCUGGAAGUCAGGCUCCAGCCCAAGGUUUGGAAGAGCAACAUUCUAAGAUACUGAAAAAUCUGGACUUUUAAUUGUAUACUUCCUAAAGAAAUAUAAGGCGUUGAAAAUUGUAGCCUCCUUGCAGUAUAUGGUAUCUGUACCUCUUACUUUUUUCUGUAUUUUAUAUUCAAGAAACACCAUGAGCACAACGCAAAGAAAACGUCGUGGAGGAGCCAUCAAUUCUAGGCAAACUCGAAAACGAAACAGACUGGUAGCUUCAGCUACAGAAAUGGCUUCAGAAGCAGAGCCAAUAGAACUUGAAGAAAGUGCUGGUGAAGAAGUAGUAGAUCUCACAUGUGAAUCUUCUGAACCUGUAGUAGUUGAUCUAACUCACAAUGAUUCAGUUGUGAUUGUUGAAGAGAAUCAACGUGAGAGAAAUCUAGGGUUAAGAAGCCAACAGCAGUCUGACAGCUGUGUAUUAAGUAGUGAUGAUGAAGAUGAAUCAAGAGAUAAUGAUGUAUACGUAACAAACAAGGUGUCUGGAGAAUUAGGAACACUGGAGGAUGAAACUGCAAGUUCAAGGCCUUCAGGUACCGUUAGUUGUCCAAUUUGCAUGGAUGGAUACUCAGAGAUUAUACAAAGUGGACGACUUAUCGUGUCAACCAAAUGCGGCCAUGUCUUCUGUAGUCAGUGCCUCCGUGACUCCCUUAGAAAUGCUAACUCUUGCCCAACUUGUAGGAAAAAACUCAAUCACAAACAGUACCAUCCAAUUUAUAUAUAAGCACUUGAAUUCUUCUCAGGACAACCUCAACUGGAUCUUGAUGAAAAUGUCAUGCAUUUGUGAUGCCUUGAAGAUUAAAGGAGCAACAGGUUGCCCACCCAGUUGUUGUAAGAUGGAUUUUUGGAGAAUUAACUUGUGCAUAUCUAAACAGCUUUCUUAUGGUCCAGUCAUACUGUCAAAAGUAGCUUGUUCGUGUUAAAAGUUCUUGAAGGUCUGCAAACACAGGUUGGUAUGUGUCACCAAUGAAGCAGCUGAUCUGUUUCCUUUUACUUCUUUUGAAGUGCUUGAACAUGAGUUCUGGAUUUUUUUUAUUUCUCAAAUGUUUUUAAUUACUCCUGCCCCUUCCCCGCCCCCCCCCCCAUAAAGUUACAUUGCCUACAAUAUGUAUAAAUGCUUUCAUUUGAAUCUUAUCAUGAUGAGGGUGGCAGGCAGCAAAUUAUUGGAGAGCAUUCUGCAUGUAGUUUUACCUGCAGUGCAGUUUGUCCAAAUAGAAUGAGUUCUGUGCCAGGCAAAAACUUAAUGCAAUAUUAAAUUGUGUACCAGGGUAAUGCAUUGAACAAAUAUGCUGUUAGCCAGCCAAUAAUCUUUCUUUAACUGGAAUUCUUGCAGACGUAUACUUAACGGGCUCUGAGGUGUAGAGUAGAUCACCAAAUUACAGCUUCCAUAAUGUGAAAGUAUUUCGUUUCUGGUAUAUUGUAACUGCCCAAGAAUUAUUUGAUUUGAAUCCCAGUAUUGAAGUGUUUCCUAAUCUGUGGUGAGAUUUCUUACUUUAAUACUGUUCAGUGUUUCCCUAUAAAUAUAGCUGAGCAGUAAAUUUAUGCCUUUUCUCUGGACAUGCUGUUUAUAAAAAGGUUUUCAUCAACUGAAUACCAGACUAGACAAAUCUUGGUCCUCUCUAAAGCAUACCUAGUGUAAUGUUUAAAGUUCAGUACAUUCACUUUGCUGUGUAUUCUGCUUCUAUACUGAAAGGUUUUAGGCAUAUACAGUGCUAACAGUACACUGGUCUGUUUAAUCUUAAAUAUAUUUAAUUUAGGCUUCAGUCACUGGCUUGGUAUUGAUGUUGGGGUAGGAAUGCUGAACAAGUGCAGUCUAAUUGGUCACUCAUUGUCUUGAGGAUUAAAAUGUGCAAUAAAGCUUGUAUAGCUCUUUUAAACUAAACAUUUUGGUCAGGUGCAUGUUUUUUUCAAAAAGCUGCAUCUGAAUCUGCACCGUUAGCCAGUUUGUCAUUUAUUUUCAGGACUGACUGCUGAGUGCUAUUCAAUAGAAUUUUUAUUUCAGCACAAAAUUACAAGGAGAUAUGGUGCCUGGGUGAAUUGAUGCAUUUAACGGUAAUACUUCUAUAUGUGGGCAAGAUGUUAACAUCAGUUUUCUAUGAUCUCUGUACAUACCUUACACUUGGGCCAAUGUUUUGUUCCACGAUACAAUACAAUAUAAUAACUGAAGGCUAAUCUGUGAAACAUGAACAAAAAUAAACUGCCAGCUACUUUGAAUGCUGUUUUAGAAUAAAUUUUUCAGAUUUUUUUACCCUUCCCUUCCCCCCCCCCCCCAAGACUUCUGAAAACAGAAUUUCAAGAGGUAUGUAAUUAACACAUACGUAAUAUUAUCUUACUACUCCACCAGUGGGAGAAUUGAUUGUUUUUAAAUUAAAGAAGCUGCUCUAAUUAGCCAUUUAAACUUUGAAGAGGUGUCUAUCCAAGAAUACACAAUGUUGUGCAGAAUAUGGCCUUUAUGUAGCAAUAUGGUGACUUACCAUGGAGAAAUGUAAUCCUUGCGCUACUCUCAUCCUUAUAUAAUCAGAGAUUGCAUUACAUGGAAAAGCCUGCUGUACUGCAACUUAUGCACCCUGGCAAUACUCUCUAUGUAUUAAGAGGAUAUAAUUGCCAGUAAUUGCUCUCACUUGCACUGAAUUAUUUAAACCUAGUGCUGAAUGAAGACUUACCUAAAAUAUUUUCAUGACAAUGCAAGUAAUUUCUUUAUCUUUUGUUUAUAGAAAAAAACUUUUUUUUUUCUUUUUUCUUUGCAUGUCUUGGAAGACAGACUGAGCAAGAACUUUAUUCUCUUAAAAUUAUUCAGAAGCAUCUGUCACAUGCAGAAAAAGCAGCCCACCAUGACACUGUGUAGUAAUUUAGGGCCACAUACACUCGACUAUUAAAACCUCCCAAUAAUUUAUAAAUUAAGGUAAAUGGCUCUCAUAUCUGAGCCAUCAUACUUAAAUUACUGUGUACCAGGAAGGCAAUAAGAGCAUAUAAAUGUAAAGGAUUAAGUCUGGGGUUGUGGUUGAGUAGCAUGUCCCUACAUCUUUAAUUUGAGUACUAGCCUUAGUUUGAAUUGUGGUUUUUUUUGCACAUUUCCACCAUGUAAAUAUCUCUUUAUAGCUUGCAUAUCAAUAUAUAAACUUACUUGGACUUUAGCUACCACAAACUGUAGAAUAUUCACAACAAAAGUUUUUAACUUUUGUGGUCCUUAUUAAGUGCCACAUUUUGUGUACUUGAAAACAAAUUUUAAACUCUCAAUAUCAAAAUGGCAAAUGUUAAAGUUGCAUUAUAAUUUUAAAAAACUUGAAAUAGAUAUAUUUUAAUUUCCAGUAAAGGCAGUGGCUCAGUAUAGCUUAUGAAAUUUGCAAGAACUGAUUGAUAAUAUAAAGAUUUUUUUGAUUAUGUAAAUGUAUGUUUUUCACUUGUCAUUGUGUAUAGUUCAAAUUUUCCUGUAUUUAAUUGUGUUCAUAUCUGUAUGUCAGAUCUACUUUGGACUCUGCUGGGUAGGCAAAUAAUUCAUUAACAGAUGGAAAUAAAACUAUUAAUUUGUCCAA